GUGAGAAAACAGUUCUCGGAACAGAGAGAAAAAAGGAAGUCAGGAAGUGGCACCAACAGUUUCUUGACAUAUGUGACAACUUCUCUGUCCGUCAGUCAGUUAACGCUCUGCUCACUCUUCUGUCAGGAGACACAACCUGAAGAGACUGAAGUAAGGAUGGCAGUUUGGGACAAAAAGAUUCUCUGGGCCGUCAUGUUGGUCCUGACAGGUGCUCUGGGUCAAAGAGUGAACUAUCCAGAUCCUGUUUGUGGUGUAAAAGGAUCGACCGUCCUCCUCUCCUGCUCCUUCAACACACUGAAGUCUGUCAAUGGAAGAGAAGUUUUGAUCGAGAUCAUCAGAGUCGUCUGGUGCAAGAACCAUGAAAUCUGUAAAGGAUUGACUCCGUCUGUGUACGACAGCAAAUCAAACAUCAACAACCCUCGUUACAGAUACCUGGGAGACAAGAAGGGAGACUGCACUUUACAGAUCUCAGAUUUACAGAAGGAAGACGACGCAACUUUUCGCUUCAGAAUGGAAGCUAAUAAUGUCAGAGCAACUUUUACCGAACGAUCAGGAGUGAGAGUCACAGUCGUAGAUGGUGAUCAGAUGAAGAUAAGAAGCUCCAGAGAUGACGGAGAGUUUAAAAGAGGUGAAGCAGUCACACUGAGCUGUUCUGCUGCAAUCUGCACUAUCUACCAACUGAAGGUCACCUGGUUCAGAGAUGGCCACGCCCUCUCAGAGACUGGCCCCGCCCUCCAUCUCAGCAAUCUGACCGCAAAGGAUUCUGGGAAGUACACCUGUGGUUUGAAGAAGAACGAGCGCACCCUCUCCAUCCCGUACAGCCUGCAUGUGGAAGGUUCCUCCUUUCGUCAUGGUGUCUGUGCCACUAAUCAGUUGGUCAUAGCUCAGACGUUCUGUCCCCCGUGA